UCUGCCCUUCAAUUCAGUAUGGCAUUCCGCAUUGCCCCUGAUAGUUCUACCUGGGCCUCGAGAAAACGAUUCACUUCACCUCGGCGGCCUCCCCCCCUGAUGUGUUCCUCAUAAUGUGUUACUCCUACCCAAUCUGGGAAGUUUUUCUUUCAAAACAGUGAAUGCUGGCCCCAGCCCCCCCAGCAAGUUCUCGAUGUUAAAAUACCCCCCUCGUCCCUCUUCCUCCUUCUCUCUCUCCUUCUCUCUCUCCUUCUCCUCAUCAUCUCAUCGAGUCAGCACGCAACGCACACCACAGCAUCACAACGACCUGCUCUUACGAGAUUUCUCUGUUCUCUGGUUCAAUACACCUGUAUUGACCAGAAUGUUGUUCCCAUUCGUUGGGAUCUUCGCCCUUGUGGCCCUCUGGGGCACGUUCCUGCCCGUGCCACUGCUGAGCGAUCCCUCAGAGGGUUUCGUGAAGCGACUAUCCGGCGCCAUGCACGCGACGACCCUGUCAAAAGGGGUCUACGACCUGGCAGAGCUUGUCUCUGCAUAUGUUCCUCCUGGGUACGGGGAGGCGUAUUUCCGCGGAGUCGUCUAUGACGGCUCCAAGGAACUGAUCGUGACUCCAACCGACGUGGAGACAGGACUCAGCCUGGUUAUCCGGCUGGGUAACGACGAGACCGGGGCGUCAUCUCGUGGCAACACGAGCUCUGACGAACCACCGGUAUCGGGUUCGUCUUUCACCCUGUCGGCGUCUGGUUACUUGGUCUUAGCUGUGGGUUUGGUAGCUGUCGCCUGGGCCCGCUGGACGGGACUUGUUUCCCUUGGUGCUUCCAAACUGGAAGAGGCCCUUGACAACCUGGAGAGUCUUCUCGACUCUUGGUCCUCACCCAAGGUAGCCCACUACCUUGUGGCCGACGGUGUGCCAUCUGCGUACGACGCGGUGGUUGCCCUGGUCGAAGGAAAUGAGGCCUUGAUCUCGGGGGAUUCUACCGGGUAUCAAGCGGGUACUUCCACCAGCUCUGUGUCUGUUGUUCCCCCAACGAAGCAAGAGUCGUUGGAUGUCUGGAUUCACCGCAAGGUGAUGGAGGCCAUCUCUCGUCUCGAGCGACGACGGGCGGUUGCGGCAUUCCCAGAGCUGGAAUCUUGCACCACUGCGGGCUCGACUGCUACCGCCGAUGGCGCCGUCGAGUCCUUCACGACCAAGUCCCUGGACGCAUCCGAUGUAUCUGAGGACGAUUCUUGCUUCCGUCUGCCCCGGCAGUGGGCCCUUGUGGUUCGCCGUCCGGAGAAUCUGGCGCCAGUGAUGGUGUUCCAGUUCGUGUGCGCUCUAGCUGCGAACUGGGAGAGGCAUCUUGCCUCUUCAGAUCAGCAGACGGCAAUUGAGGUCGUCCAAGGGGCAGAAGAUGCGCCCGCCCCGGCCAGCCAUAGGAACAGACCCAGCCAGAUGAAGCGAAAGCGCCAACAAAGGAGGGCACUCAGGGAAAAGCAGGGGAAACUGAUCGCGGAGAUCGAACAGUCUGCCGCGAUGACACCAGCCUCUCCUGUGCCCAGUGCUCCUCCGGCGCGGACGCCGAACCUGGGGCCUGUGAUGGCACCUGCGGCGUCUUCUUACUAUGGCCCGGGUUAUGGGCAUUAUGGUCCUCGCCCGGCUCCGACUCCGUAUUAUGCCCCCUACGGAGGACCUCAGACUGGUCCGUAUGGUCCAGCUCCGGCUGGUGCCUACGGGCCUGCUCAGGGGCCUCAGUACGGGGCAUAUUACGGGUACUCGGCGCCGUACAACUGGCAGUACGGACCGUAUAUGCCUCCAAACGGCCCUUACCGGCGGUACUAGUUCGCUAGUACAGCAUCUCGCCUUGCGAUUGUCGGUUGGGACCUUGAGCUCUUGUCCCGCCUGGUCAUGGACCGGCCUCCGAUCUGCUUUGCGCAGACUGUAUACAGGUCCGCUGAUUGGGUCUGCCCUCUGGCGGAACCUCGCGGGCUUGUCCCUUCAGUUUGUUGCGGGUGGACUCGUGAGGUAGAGAAGUGGCCAGGUCGAUGGGCUUCUCAAUGUGUCUUCCACGACCUUUGCAGGCUGAGUGCACGUCGAUUUGGGUACGCGGAGCA